AUGUCGUUGAUGACGUUCAGCAUUACACAGUCGCAACAGCCGCCGCCACCGGUGCUUUUGCUGCUGCCGUUUGCGGUGAUCGUGACGAUGUUCCUGCGCGUGUGGUUGAUGCUGAUGCUUCUCGACAACGAAGACCGCGGCCUGAAGCAGCUCGAGCAGGCGUUGUCCGAGAAGACCUCGGAGAUCUCCCAGGUCAAAGAGGAGCUGGUGUCCAUGAAGGAGGCCUCCUCAAAGCAGCAGGAGCAACUCCAGGAUGCGGAAAGUCGGUAUCAGAACUUGCUGAAGAGCACGGCCAUGCAGUCCGUCGCCGGCUUGCCGAGUGCUGCGGGUGCCCAGCCCAAGGCGAAGGCGACGCCCGGGCCGCCCAGGCGACAGGCCGGCAGUCAGCGGAACGUCUUCAUCCAAUUGGCGGGGGCGCAGUCCUCCGGCAAGACGUGUUUGUUGGAGACUCUCAUCGCCGAGCACGACCCACAGCAGUUGCCGAAGUUCAACGAGCAGAAGUCGAAUUUCAUGGCGCACCACCAGAUUCAGGUGGGAGACAAGCCCGUGAAGAUGUUGGACUGCUCCGGCAAUUCACGUGCAGCACAUUUGGUCAAGGAGCGCUUUGCCCGCUCCACGUGGGUCUUCAUCGUUUAUGACUUGUCGAAAAGGGAGUCCUUAGAGCAUGCUCUCGCUCUGACACAAGAGGUGCAUGCAGCGGGUGCAAGGCCCCUGCUUUUCGGCAACAAGUACAAUGUGGACAAAGGUGAUCCCAUUCAGGUGGAUGUUGCUGCCGCCAAAGAUGCUGCGGUACGAAACGAAGGAGCUGCGAUGGAAAGCUCCAAGCUCAUGGAUGCCGUGCAGUUUGCCUUGAACAGCGAGGAGAUGCUCGACAGUCAGGAGCCAAUCUCUCCAGACGGCAAACGAAGUGCGAUUUCCAGCGCCAUCGACAGCGUGAAGAGUUGGUUCGGUGGAGAGCGGGCCAAGGGUCAGGGAGUCCUCAGGCCCUCCUUGAAGGGAACGAAGGCCAUGAAGCAGGCACGAAAAGAAGGCGACCCCAACGUGGACCUGCGUCCGGUUCAGGAGCUGCAAGAUUCGGACUCGGCCGUGACAUGCAUCUGCUUCGGCCAAGAGAGGCUGCACAAGGCUUAUGUUCUGCUGGCCACCGCCUCCAAGGACGGGACCGUGGUGGUGUACCGCUGCUACCGCACUGAGAUGGAGAUCGCCAUGCUGGACCAGGACUUUGCUCCGGAAGAAGGCGCUUACUCCUCGCCUCCCGCCGACCAUUCGAACAUCGCCGUGCACUCCAGACUCGUGGGCCACUCUCGUGCCAUCACCAGCAUCUUCUUCAAUUUGCUGGAAGAUCAGCUGGUCACCACCUCCAUCGACAAGUCAGUGAGGUUCUGGAGCAUCGACAGUGGGGAGAUGCUCAAAGUCUUCACGGACAGCUCGCCAGUGCCCGUAGCCGCUUUCCUUCCCUUCAACCCGCAGGUUUUCGUCGCAGCCAAUUCCAACGCAGUUCUCCGGCUGGUGAAUGUGCAGAACGGGAUGGUCCUGCAGAAGCUCAAGGUGGAGACCGAGGUCCGGGCGCUGAAGUUCGACGACACGGGCCUCUUCCUUCUCGCAGGCACGAAAAGUGGCAGUAUCCAUGUGCUGGAGGCUUCGGAUGCCAACACGCUGAAAUUCAAGUUCAAGGUAAACCUUGCACGAGGAGGUGUGACGUGCAUCACCUUCGUGCCAGCAUCCGGUGGGCAGCCGCCGUGCCUGUUGGUGAACACCUCGGACUGCUCUGCGACCAUCAUUGACUGCACCUAUGGCCCGCCGAGUGGGGUCCUGAACAACCUCGCGGUGAGACAUCGGGUCCGGGUGGCGCAUGAGCUUCUGCCACUGAAGAACUGUUAUUCUCCGUCUGGCCCAGGCUACCUGAUCUCAGGUUCCGAGAAUAAAGACGUCCACAUCUACCCCUUGGGGAAAGGUUCCAACUACAAGAUGCAGCCCCUGAAGCACCAUCAGGUUCCUGUGGUGGCUGUGUCUGUGAACAUGCAGGACACUUUGCUGGCCAGUGCCGACUCGCUGGGCCGCAUCGUGCUCUGGAGACGGAUGGACUUCUCUCAUAUACCCGACUGA